AAAACGGGAGCCUGUCUAACAACACUGCCUUAGCGGCUCGUUCGAUGCGUCGUGUUGGUCUCUGUACGUUCUUCGUUCGAGUCUCGUGUUACGACGGAGAGGCAUAGCUUUCAAAUUGUCCUAAUAAAAUGAUAGACUUUCGCACAAAUCCGGGAAAGGCUGACGGCGACAAUGGAAAAUACAGUAACACCAAUAUACCAGUUACGUCACAACAAGGAUUAGCUUCACUUAGUCCGUAUUUAAAUUUUGACCCAUCAUACCUACCUGUUAGUCAGCCGGAAUUCAUAUUUCCCGAUGGUGCUAUGAAACAAAGAGGCCGUUUCGAGUUAGCUUUCAGUCAAAUUGGAGCUGCAUGCAUAGCAGGCGCAGGGAUUGGUGGCGCGUCAGGUUUAUACAGAGGCGUAAAGGCAACGUCUAUUGCCGGCGAGACUGGCAAACUCAGAAGAACACAAUUGAUUAAUCAUGUCAUGAAAGGUGGCGCCAGUAUGGCAAAUUCGCUUGGUGUGAUUAUGAUAAUGUACACCUGUGCUGGAAUAGGUCUAACUUGGCUCAGAGGAACCGACGAUUUAGCCGCAGCUGCUACGAGUGCUGCGGUAUUCAGAUCGCCUGCCGGGAUCAGAAAAGCUGGCAUUGCAGGCGCUAUUGCAGCAGGGGUUGCAGUGAUGUACUGUGCCUGGAAUAAUGGAGGCAUGUCGUUACAUCGUGUGAAUAGAUGGAAACAUGCGGCAUUGAUAUAACAUCCAUACUAUAAAAGAGAUCUCCGAUGCGUUUUCAUAUCUUUAUGUUACCUUGUACAUAGAAAAACUUACG